AUGUCAUCGGCCACUUCCAAUAGCCCUGCUCCGGGUCUGCCGCAGCCCCAUACUGGGGGAGGAGCGGGAGGAGAUGAGCCAAAAGUUCUGAUAGGACAGCAGGGCGCCAUCUACGAGAUUGUCCUGAACCGGGAAAAGGCAAUCAAUGCGCUGGAUAGCGAAAUGAUACGAGGAAUAGCCGGCGCCCUCGAUGAGGCCUCUCAUGCCCGGAACUACUCGCUCAUCCUAUUACGUCCCACGCCCACUGCUCGCGGCCUCUGCUCUGGCGGCGAUGUGCUCAAAGUGGUCAACAUGGCCAAUGCGAGCGAUGCGAAAGAGAGGGAGGGGGCUCUGAGCUUCUUUAAAGAGGAAUUUGAGGUCGACUGGCGAAUCGCUAAGCUUUGCGAAGAGGUUACGACGGCGGGUGGGGGAAGUGAAGGAGAGGCUAGGCCGUUUGUUGCUUACAUGGAUGGGAUCACCAUGGGGGGCGGAGUUGGUUUGAGCGUUCAUGCACCUUUCAGGGUGGCGACUGAGCGCACUAUGUUCGCUAUGCCGGAGACGGUGGAUCUGGCUGACCUGCUUCUCCCUCCACGCCGCACGCCAGGCAUCGGCUACUUCCCCGACGUGGGCGUCACGCGCGUCCUCUCUCGCCUGGACGGAGCCAUCGGUACCUACCUCGGUCUGACAGGCGACCGCAUCACGGGAGAGGAAGCCUACCUCGUCGGCCUCGCAACGCAUUACGUCCCCUCCUCCUCCCUACCUGGCCUCACCGAAGCACUCGCUGCCCUGGGCCCCGGCGCGACGGGCAGACAAGUCGCCUCGACGAUCGACGAUUUCACCGUCGACCCAUUCGAAAAUAAUGCCAAGCCGGACCUCGCAGACAAGACUGCCUUCCUCGGUCAGCUCAGGGGCGUGGUAGACUACGUGUUCGGUCAGACGCGAGUGGAGGACAUAUUCGCCUCGCUCGAAGAGCUGUCCAACCCCACCUCACAAGCCUCCACCGAGCUCCAAGAGCACUACAACAUCCCGCAUUCUCCCACCAUCAUCUCCUGGGCACAAAAGACUCUCACCACCCUCCACAGCAAAUCCCCGCGCUCCCUGAAAGUCUCCUACCAAGCCAUUCGCCACGAAGCCCGCAACCUCAGCAUAGACGAGUCCUUCCGCUUCGACAUGCGCCUCGCCACAGCCUUCUGCGACCUCUCCCUUGGCCGAGAUUUCUACGAAGGGGUACACCACGUUCUCACAAAGGACCCAGCGACCAAGAAGCGAAGAGAAGGACGCGCACCUUGGUCUCCCGGAAGUGUAGGGGAAGUAAACGACGCAGAGCUUGGCGAGAAGUUCUUUGGACCCUUGAGUAAAGCAGGACUGGCGCUCAGCCCGCCAGAGAUGACUGCUAUUCCGCGCGCCCCGACGGAUAGGAAAACGCAGGCUGCCCAAGCUGAAAUGCUCCGCGGUAUCGGUCCCCUUGGUUGGGAGCCGGCGUUCAAUGCCUUCCAUCCCCUGCCGAGCGAGGCUGAGCUCGAGGCCCUGUUGCACGGGUCGCACCCUGCUGCGGGCAGCUUCCAGAUCGACUUGGGCGAGAAGGAGGAGGCGGUCAAGGAGAUCGUGGGGACGUUGCAGGGCUGGCGUAGUGGGAGGUAUGGUGGUGGUGCUGGGGGAGGAGGAGGGACAGGGGAGGCGGCUUGGGGGAUGGAGCGCAAGGUGAGGGAUUGGGUUGAGAGGAGGGGUGCGAGGAAGUGA